AGCGUUCUCUUUGACGCGUAUUCGAUGAGCAUUAGCCGCUGACCAGACCCAGCGCUUGGAGCAUAGACUUUCGGUCAUGCACGCUUGUUUGAGCCUGCUGGCGGUUUCUUUACUGCAAAUUGUGAAUGCUUCUUACAAUGGAACGCGGACUAGCGAUCUGCUCGAAGAAUAUGAUUUCAUCAUCGUUGGUGGAGGAUCGGCCGGCUGUCGACUGGCGGAAAAAAUUUCCGCGGUGCAACGCUUCAGGGUGCUUUUGAUCGAAGCCGGUGGUCCUCCACCCUUCAGCUCUCAUAUCCCGAUGAUGGCACCCCUGGCUCUCACAAACCCCGAAUUCGAUUGGAAUAUCAGGUCCGAGCCUCAGAAGUUUGCCAUGCUCUCGAACAUCGAUCAGAGACGGACGAUGUCUGCCGGAAAAGUGAUCGGAGGAGGCUCCACGGUGAACUUCAUGGCUUAUCAGAGAGGAUCUCGGUCCGAUUUCGACAAUUGGGAAAAAAAAUAUGGUGCCGAAGGAUGGAACUGGGAAAAAGCUCUGAAGAUCUUCACGCUAGACGAGCGCACAGACGAUGAAGAAUUGCGGAAUGAGUUCCACGGUCUCAGUGGCGAUUUGGGCGUUCACACGUACCGAGAAAAAUCUGCUAUGAAGGAUGCUUUAUUUGAGGCCGCGAAGGGAGAAGGUUUCGCUUUCAGCGAUACAAAUGACGGAGAUGACUCGGGAUUUUACCAUCUUCAAUCGACCGUUCGAGAUGGUCAGCGAGUCAACUCCUUUGGUGCUUUCCUCGAGCCGCACCUCAGCCGGAAAAAUUUGCACGUCACUUUGUACUCCACCGUCAUGAAGGUCACCUUCGAAGAUAAGAGCGCCACGGGCGUAGUUUUCCGAAAAGAUGGGACGGAUAUCUUCGUCAAAGCAGUCCGAGAGGUGAUUCUCUCCGCGGGCGCUCUGAAAACCCCACAACUAUUGCUACUCUCCGGCGUCGGACCCAAGGAGCAUAUCGCGGAUUUCGAUGUCAGACUGGUGCAUGAUUUGCCGGGUGUGGGUCAGAAUUUCCAAGAUCACGUAGGUUUCAUUGGCCUCUUGACGGAAGUACCAGAGAGUGCUGUGGUCGAUGUGAACGACGUUGAGGCGAUCCAGCAAUGGCUAGUGGAUAAGUCGGGGCCUAUGACUUCUCCGGCCGGACUACAUUAUGGCGUUCUCUAUGCGAAUGUCACUGUGGAAAGGAAAUCAGACGUUGAAAUGCUGUUCUUUGCGCUCAAAAAUGCGAAAAUCGAUCUCGGCCUGGAAGCGGAGACUCUGAUGUCUUUUUAUGGACCUGUCUUGGAGAAGAAUUUACUGCAGCCGCUCCUCGUUCUGAUGCGGCCGAAAUCCCGGGGGCGCGUGGGCCUAGUAAGCUCAAACCCCUUCGAUAAUCCCUCCGUGGACCCUCGAUACUUAAGCGAUCCUCAGGAUGUCAAAACGCUGGUGCAAGCGGGAAAACAAGCUAUUUCGAUCUUGACUUCUGCUGCCAUGAAAGCCGCGAACGCAACACUACUCGAGCACAAGUUUCCGGCAUGUGAAUCCCACGAGAUAUUUUCGGAAGAGUAUCUCGAAUGUCUCGUCCGACACCAUUCUUUCAAUAUAUUCCACCCGUGUUGCACCUGCAGGAUGGGACGACCUGAUGACCCGCUCGCUGUAGUCGACCACAGGCUAAAGGUCCACGGUCUUGAAAAACUCAGAAUCGCCGACAACUCGAUAAUCCCAGAGAUUCCCUCUGGUCACCUGAAUGCCCACGCGAUUUUGAUCGGACACAAAGCCGGGAACUUCAUCUUGGAAGAUUACGCAAUGGCAGCGAGAACGGAGCUAUAGAGCUCAAUGAUUGUUAGAGUCGAGUUGCAUAGAAUGGGAUCCUCGUAAUCAAGUCUCCCAUACUUCAAAGCCAAGCUAUCGCUCUGGAGCGAUCUCUUGUGAUGAGCACAAGUUGUCGGCGACAGCUGCAAGACACGGCUCCAUGGAUUUCGAAUCGCCUCCAGGAAUCUUAUGUGUAUGACG